GCCGCCUCGUCUCCUCCUUUCUGCCGCUCAGACGGGUGGCGCACUUCUCUCUCAGCCGGCGACAUUAGGCGCAGCUUCUCAGUUCUGCCGCUGCCGGGUGUAGCCAGUCCUAUCUCCCGCCAUGGAAGAGCAAUCCUCAGAGAUUUCAUCCAGCCGACCUGGUGGUGAUCCGUACGAGACGGGCGAGAGGAGGCAGCAGCCCGACCCGGAGAGGAGGCAAUGGGACGAUUUGGAUGACGUACUGGAUCUUACCGGGGGAGCGGGCCAGUUCUCCCAGAAGCCAUUCACUGUACCCUACCCAGCCCGGGACAUUGAGGAGGAGGAGGAAGAGGAGGAUGACAAGCCGACCUGGAAGGACAGCCUGGAACCCUCGCCGGUAGAUGAGGAGCCUGGCACCAUAGGCAGCGUGGCACCACAUUCCCCCGCCGUGCCCAGUGCCCCCAUGGAGGAGCCAGAGAGGCCGGCAGCGCCAUACAGGGAUCCCUCCGGAUCUGUGGAUGAGAACCUUUUCCCUCUUCCUGCUGCAUCUGCGCCUCUGAUGCACCCCUCUGCAGACAAAGUAACGGACUUGCAAGAGCCUUCUAGCACUGUAUCCACUGGCCAAGAGGAACUUGCAUCUGUGCUGCUUCAGUCUACUGCUUCCCUUUCUUCUUUGCCUUCUCUGUCUACUGAUUCCUCUAAAGAGCAUGUGGACACUGUCGCUUUGCCUGCUGGCUUAGCUGCCACUGAAGCUUUGCAAGAACACAUCGAUAACAUAUUUAACGUAUCAAGGACCACUGAUAAUUUACUAUUAACAGACCACUUAGAAACUAAAGCUUUAGACCAAGUUAAGGAAGAUGUGAUAUUUUCUGAGAAGGGUUAUGUAGUUGAGCAUCCAACAUCUCGACAGGAGACCAUCUCUGAAGAGCACGCUAAAUUGUACUCCCAGUCUGCUAAAGAGAUGUUUUCAGGUAUGCUUCAGUCUGUUGGGCCUCCUCAUGAAGAGUUUACGGAUAUCAAGGAAGUCGAGGAUCAGUAUGUUGACUUUAAACCGUUCAUGAGUUCAAAGUCAGCUGAUAUUAGCUAUGAAGUGAGAGAUGUAGUAGGAAAAUUUCAAGUUGAUGUUGACCGUCCAAACUUAGAGAGCAUGGUAAAGCACGAGGAGAAGUCUAGCGAGGACUUUUCAGAUGAUAUUUCUCCUUUGACACCUGAAGUUUUACCCGGUUCCACAGACUAUGAGAUGUUUGCUACUGUGGAGCACAGCAUUCCUUUUUCUUUUGGGGAAAGACAUGUGACUGGAAAUAAAACAGAUGAAAAAAAGAUCGAAGAUAUUGAAGCCCAGAAGACCUCAGUGGGCUUUGGUGUAAAAGUUGCAACAGUUAAUCCGUUCUAUGAUGAGUCGGCCCAAGAAAGUGAGUAUGUUACAACUCAGAGUUUACCUGGAGUCCACGUUUCCACCAAACCAGAGGGACCCACACCAGAUAUUGUACAAGAAGCCUAUGAAAGUGAGGCCUAUGAUACCGGAAAACCAAAGCUAAACUAUGAAUCAAAUAUUGAUUUAGUCCAGACAGCUGCUAAUUCAGUGCAGGAAAAAGUUAGCCCUAUAGCCCAAGGUCCAGCACUCCUGGAAGAGACCGACUCUGUCUCUUCACCAGUUUUGCCUGAUAUUGUCAUGGAAGCACCUUUGGCUUCUGCUCUGUUGUUAGAAACAGCUGCUCUUAAACCAGAUGUAUCUCCAGUCGGUAGUGGACCUUCUGCCCGAGAUGAGAAGCCCAAGACUGAAUCUGAAAAGCCACCAUCUUAUGAAGAAGCUGUAACUGAAGUCGUAGAAGAUCGGGAUCUUGCUGCUGCUUUAGGGGACUUCAAACAAAGGGCAGUGGUAGAAGAAACACCUUAUAUAUCUAUAGCUUGCGACUUAGUAAAGGGAACUAUCCCAUCUGAAUCUGUUGCCUCCGAUUUUACAGAUUUUUCAAAAUUUAAGCAGAAUGAGUUUGACUCGCAGUUUAUGGAGCCCUCGGAUGAAAGUUCACCAGAUUCUGAGCGCAGCGAACCUUCCUAUAAGCAAUGGGAUUUUGAAGUUGUCAAGAGAGAAGCUUUCAAUAUCAAAACUGAAGGUGUAAAGGCACAAAGCAUUAUUAUUCCAGAGCAAACACAUGGAUUUGAUCAAAAAUCAGAAGAGUCUUCUCCAUCCAAAGGCUAUUUAGACUCUUUCCAGCCUGAGAUUUGUGUUUCUAAAGCUACAUCUGAAAUCUUUGCAAAGGGACUAGAUACAGAUAUAUCUAUGAUACAGGAGAAGCAUUUACAGAUGGAAGAGUUUGAUCAAGGCCCCUAUUCUGAAAAAUUAACCAGUUCAAAAUAUUCACCAAUCCGUGAAAGUCCAGAGUCCAUGCCAUCCCCAGAAGAUCUGAGUUCUAAAUUUGAGGACAUUAAGAAGGAAGUGCAAGUUGCCAAGAAACCCGAUGAGCCGGUUCAAAAAAAUAAAUCCAACCUUGACUUUUUGCCAGAAAAAAUAGAAUGUACCCCAGCUAUUCAAAAGGCUGAUGACUUUGGUAAAGCCGUGUCUGAUACACAUGGUGGGGUAGAUACCACCCCUAAGGGCGGUUCAGCAGUUCAUGAGGAAAAAGCCGCUAAACCCCCUUCAAAGGAAGACGAGGUUUCCAAACUACCCAAAAAAGAAAGCAAAGAACCUUCUGUUGCUUCUACGGUCCCCUCAUCAGAUUUCAUAAAAUCAGUUGUCGACCUAGUUUACUGGCGGGACAUUAAGAAGUCCGGAGCGGUGUUUGGCGCGAGCUUGUUCCUCCUGCUCUCUCUCAGUGUGUUUAGCAUUGUGAGCGUGCUUGCAUACAUUGCCUUGGCCCUGCUGUCAGUCUCCAUCAGCUUUAGGAUAUACAGAGGGGUUCUACAGGCCAUCCAGAAGUCUGAUGAAGGGCACCCAUUCAGAUCCAUCUUGGAGUCCAACCUGGCGGUGCCUGAGGAUCUGGUUCAGAAGUACUGUAAUGUGGCGCUGAACCAUGUGAACUGCACAGUAAAGGAGCUCAGGCGCCUCUUCCUGGUAGAAGACUUGGUGGAUUCCCUGAAGUUUGCAGUAUUGAUGUGGGUCUUCACUUAUAUUGGUGCCUUGUUUAAUGGUCUCACUCUGCUCAUUCUGGCACUGAUUUCCCUGUUCAGUAUUCCUGUCAUUUAUGAAAGGCAUCAGACUCAAGUGGAUCACUACCUAGCGCUCAUAAACAAGAAUGUCAAAAGUACUUCAGACCUGAUCCUCUCUAAAGUUCCCGGACUGAAACGCAAAGCUGAAUAAAAGCCACUAACCCGCCAGAAGUGUGCCGCAGUUAUCAAUAGGAGCCUCAGCAUUUGAGCACUGUGCAUUGGGGUGACGCUGGCGGGGUUGGGGGACACCUUGACGCCGCAGGGCAAUUUCACUGAUUUUUUUUUUUGUUUUGUUUUAUUAUUAUUUUUUUUUUUUAAAAAAGAAGCAGCGGCGCAGUGUUUAUGGGAGAAUAAACCAACUGUUUUACUGCCACGUGUUUCAUUCUGAGUAUUGUAAGCUGCUACGUGUGGGUUUCAGACUGUUCCCCUCUCCCUCCUGUGUGCAGCACUGUGUAAUACAGAGGAUUAUUAGCAUGCUGUAUAUUGUGCUUUGGCGGUAGUCUUACUGCGUUUCCAUGGGCACAACCCCCUCAUUGCACUCUGUGCUCUCAUUGGGUAGAGCCGGCAUGCAGACUUUCAGUGCCCAAUGGGUAGGAAAUGGAUCCUUAACCCCUUCUGCACUGAACGGGUUACAGUACCGUGACGUUGGUACCUGCAGGCUGCUCGCUGGCGCCACUUGCGCUAUUGUGAUUUUACUCUUUUAUCUAUUGCCAAUCUGUGUCGUCCAUUCAGCCUAUAGCUUCCACUUGCUCACAGUGAUGAUGAUGAUGAUGAUGAUUACUACACUUUUUUUUUAUUUUAGAGAGGCCGUUCUAACCGCUAGCUCUGUAGCACAUACGUGUCCGACAGCCUAGAAACACUAUUGUCUGGGGGGGAAUGGAAGAUAUUAACGUGUAUACAUAUUGGGUUGGGUUUUGCACAUGGAGACUCACUUUUCCUGUGAAAUGAGAAACAAAUGAUGCAGAUAUUUGUGAAACUUUGUGUUGCAAGAACGUGAAAUGUCUAACAGCUGCCGAAAUGCGCCGACGCAACUCUUGGAAUGCAUUGUGAUAUGUACAACCAGAAACCGAGUAUCAAUAAACGCUUGUAGACCUUAA